AUGCAUCAAGAUCACAACAGAGUUCACUUUCCCCUUCUCUCAACAGAGCUUACAGCAGCUCUCGGUGCCAUUGAAGACAUGGCAGACGACGCAGAAGCCGUUCCAGACAACCAUCCGCCUGCCAUAUUCCGUGCUGGUGGGCCAAUGCUAAAGCAGUUCGACGAGUCUACUGCCUCCAGUCGGAAAGGCUCUCAGGCCCCGACACCCCCACGCUCCGUCGUUGGUAUCGGUAACAAAGUCGCCAAGCCAGACUACUCCGAAGCAAAGAUCGUACUUGCGAUGGUGGGAUUGCCCGCCCGUGGCAAAUCCUACCUCAGCAACAAACUCAUGCGCUAUCUCAAGGUCCUGCCCUUCUCCCUCACAUCAGAUCUUACUUACCCUCCCCAGUGGCUAGAGUACGACGUCCAGGUCUUCAAUGUUGGUCAGCUCCGCCGUUCGCGUGCUCACAGAAAAGCCCAGCAAUGUGGCAUCCUCGAAGAUCACACUUCCAGCUACUUCAGCCACAACAACGUGGAAGCCACCAGGCUUCGCGAGCAACUUGCAGAAGAUAGUUUGGAGAUGCUCAUUCAGUGGCUCAAAAAGGGCGGCAACGUCGCCAUACACGAUGCAACCAACAGUACCCGUAUGAGACGUGCCAAAAUCUCCGCCCGCGUCGCCAAAGAAAAGGGCAUGUCCGUCAUCUUCCUCGAGUCCGAAUGCAACGAUCCCGCAGUCAUCGCCGCCAAUGUUGCCCUCAAAGUCUCCUCUGGCGAUCCCGACUAUAAGAACCUUCCUCGCGAAGAGGCUGAACGCGACUUCCUCCGCCGCAUCAAGGAGUACGAGGCCGUAUACGAGACCAUCACUGAACCCCACCUUAGCUAUUUGCGGAUCACAGAUAUUGGCAAUGAAGUCACGCUCAGCAGAAUCAAUGGUUACUUGCAAAGUCGCAUUGCGUUUUAUCUAAUGAAUCUGCAUGUGAAACCACGCAAUAUAUUUCUCUCCAGACAUGGCGAGAGCCAGUUUAACGUCGAAGGUCGGAUUGGCGGGGACUCGCCACUUUCAGAACGCGGCCUUGCAUACGCUCACGCGCUCCCUGAGCUCGUACGGAAUAACAUCGGGAAUGCACCACUUAUUGUCUGGACUUCCACACUUCAACGCACGAUUCAAACCGCUGCAGAACUUCCUUAUUCCAAGCUUACGUGGAAAUCUCUCGACGAACUCGACGCCGGCGUCUGUGACGGUAUGACCUACGAGGAGAUUGAGCAAGCCUACCCCGAAGACUUUUCAAACCGUGACGAAGACAAAUUCAACUAUCGUUACCGAGGCGGCGAGUCCUACAGAGAUGUUGUCGUGCGCCUCGAGCCUGUCAUCAUGGAGCUUGAACGGCAGGAAAACAUAUUGAUCUUUGGACAUCAAGCUAUCAUCCGUUGCCUCUAUGCGUACUUUCACGAUCUCCCACAAGCUGAUCUACCUUACAUCAAUGUACCGUUGCAUACCGUAAUCAAGCUCACUCCAAAGGCAUAUGGUUGUGACGAGGAACGAUACACUCUCCCUAUCGGCGCCGUCGACACGCACCGCCCCAAACCAGGGUCCACCAUUGUGCAGCCAGAAGCACCCGUAUCGACGACGAAGAGGGAAUAUUUCACGACCAAAGCAUAG